AACCUAAAAUCAGGUGAAAGAAAUAUUACUGGCAGAACAUUCAAGUGAUUAGACGUCCUUGAAUGUUUGCAAAACUGGGUUUUGCUCGCUGAUUUGGAGGAAAUACACCACAUACUUCGGGAGUUUGUGUGUUUGAAGUGAUUGGUUUUCGGUAUGGGCUCAUGACGUCAUUUGAUUGACAGUGUAUGAGGCACAAUGCUGCGUUGACUGCUUUUAGAAACACAACUCGAAGGAGAGACAUUGAAGUGUGAAGGAUUGCGAAAAUUCUCUAAAAUCAGAAGUACAAAGAGGGAUAAACGACACCAAAAUACAAACUAGGAUAUCCAGAGACAUUGUUUUAACAUCUAGAGAGGAUUGUGUGGCAGUAUGAAGAUUACUCUCUUAAUUCUCGCUGUAUUUCUUUGCGGUUUUGCCGCCGCUCUCAUAGAUGAGGACGGAGAGAUAGACAUCGAUGUUUCUACUAUAAAACCACCAAAUAAGAAAGCAAAACCGACUCCUACGGUCUCGGGAGAUGGUGAAGAUGGCGAAGAAGGUUCGGCUAUCCAGGGCGAUUCGAGCGGAUCUGGAAGUGGCGAUGAGGCCGUUCCUACCACAAUCAUUCCCACAGAAAAAGUUACCAUCACAAAAGAGCUCACAAAAGCGCCCGAAGUUUCUACAAGAAAACCAAAACCAAAAGACAGAAAAACAAAGGAGCCAAAGGUUGAAACCGAGGAGGUAGAAAUCACUACUGCAGAACCGGUCAAACCGACUGAAAAACCGACGGAAUUUGUCAAGCCGACUACAGAGGACGAUGUGAUGGAGACCGACCCCGAGAAUCCGAAAGAAGGUGACAUGCAGGCCCGAGUAUCAGAGAAAAAGCGUCUAAAAGUCCUUACAAACGAAGUCAUUGCUGCCGUGGUUGUAGGGGGAGUGUGUGCGAUUAUCCUUAUUGCUUUCUUGGUGUAUCGCCUGAGAAAGAGAGAUGAAGGGAGCUAUGCUCUUACGGAUAACGCGUACAAAGAUACAAAUAAACUUCGCGGUGACCCCGGCAAGGAGGCAUUUGUUUGAGUUCAAGCGAGGAGGGUUCUGCAUCAGGAGUUGGCUUUGUACAGAAAAGACUACAGGAUUUUUACUUUGUCUUUGGACCGGAAAAGAAAAACAUUUUAUUUUCACCGGGGAGCAGAUUUCUGGUUCUAAAGUGAGCUAGGUGCUGUCAUGUGUUACUCACGAGGACAGUGACACAACUAGACCAACUUACUAAUAUCUAUCAGUUCGACCCGCCAUUCCAUUCUUAUCAUUAAGAAAUUGGUGGUUUAGACGGUCUCGAUAAUCCAAGUAUAUAAGUUUACCACACUCUAAUCGACUGAGUUUUAAACAGGGCAAGACCUGGGGAAUUAUUUUGUAGCCUGCUUUCGUAUUGCGCGGGCACUGUAAUGGCUUUUCAAGCAUCAAAAUGGGUUCCGUGCGUUCUAGAGCACUAAAAUGGGUUCUCUGGAUCUUGUUUUACUAUAUUUUACAAUCACUUGAUUUUAUGUGGAUUUCAUUGUAGAUAUGUAUUCAAAUCGGGUACUUUUUCAGGGUCAGUGUUCAGUCAUUUCAGAUGCGAGUAUUCACGCUUUAUUUGGCGUGAAUUUGUUUUUACACAUAAGGUAUUGAAAGAUCAGCAAAUAUGACAAAUUUGAAACCGAAUUACUUUUCGGUAUUAAAUUAUUCUAGUUUUGGAACUAAAAUCAAACUAUUAUUCACUUGGGUAACCAUGUUGUUUCCAAUUCCUGUUAAAAGUUGCGCGUACAAAAAGAUAUUUAGAAACUUAAUGAGCCGAACUAUUCAAGCGAAGGUAUCCUUUAUUUCAUUCAGAUAUCCCGACCAAAUUAACCGCGUCCACAUUUACAGUUAAUUUUCGCCGUAUUUUUGUAAAAGGAAAAUAUAUCCACUGCUUAGUAUUGAGAGGUUUUUUAGUUACUCCGUACGACGGCACAUUGUAUGUAAACGAUAAGUAUUGGUAUUUAUAGGAAAUUCAAAAUGUGCUAACCAUUUUACAAAAUCAUCAAUAAUUUACGUUUGAUAAACUCGGUCUUAAAAAUAUUCUCUGUAACGGUUAGCAAUUUUGUAUUGAAUAAACACUUUGCUAGA